ACUGUGGGAGACAGUCAAAGUUAAACACUGGGCGUGAAAACACGGUUACAAUUUUUCCUGCUAGCCUGACGGAGAGUAAAUACACAGGUUUUGAUGGCAGUGGCACAGGGGCUGUCCCUGCCCCUCCUGCUGCUCCUCGUCUCCUCAGGGCUCCUCGUCUCCUCUCACCUCCCUGCCUGUCCUGAGUCCUGCACCUGUCAGAGAGCUCCCCUGCUGAACUGCUCCUCCGCUGGCCUUUCCUUGAUGCCACAACAAAUCCAAGACUCUGUCAUUGAGCUUGACUUAUCUCAUAACCUCCUCGACUCUGUCACUUUCGACCGACCACAUCAUAACCUCAGGAAUGUAUGGCUGGGAAACAACAGCAUUGCACACUUGUCCCUGUGCAUAGAUAGUGGAAGCCGUUAUGUCAGAGGAAGCCAUCUUCAACGCUUGAGACCUCGGAGAGGACGGGGAUGUGUGUCCUGGGCCCCCACCUUGCAGCUGCUAUCUGUUGAGAGGAAUCAGCUUGAACAACUCCCACAGGGGUUGGGAGGUUGCACGUCCUUACAGGUUCUGCAGCUCUCCUUCAACAGGAUCUCAACUCUACAACCAGCAGACCUUAGCCACCUUCAACAGCUAAAAGAGCUACACCUGCGACAUAACCUCAUCACAAGUCUCCAUCCACAGAUGUUCCAGGAUUUAGCCCAGCUCCAGUUUGUGGAUCUGAGCUUCAACAUGUUGACCAGCCUCCAUCCUUUGAUUCACCUUUCUCUGCAUAACAUCGGGGCAGAUGUUAUGCUGGAAGGGAACAGGUGGCAUUGUGAUUGCAGUAUGCGCAGUCUGAGAAGGCGGAUGGCCUUUGACAGUAGCACAGGCAUGCAGACCUGGAGCAUGACGUGUGCCUCCCCCCCUAUCCUCUCAGGAAGAAACCUACUACAGUUGGAGGAAGAUGACCUUAACUGUGUUGGUUCUGAAAACAGGCCAGAGUCCCACCAAGAUGUGACGGUCUAUAGUGGCUCUGACAUAUUGCUGUCUUGUGCUACACAAGAUUCAUUAUGGUUGACGCCCAGUGGUCAGGCAUCUGUGAGCCAUCCUCAGGCUGGUCUGCUCACCAGUGACAUCACAGAGGGAAACACAGGACUAUUUGUGUGUGUGUCUGAAGAACAUGGUGUUGUGUCUGUUUUUAACCUUCAAAUUAGUAAAAUGGGUGGUGCAAGAAGAAAAACUAGAAGUUUAACCAGAACUAGCCAACAAAUAAUCGAACAUGGCACCGAAAAUAGGAUAGGCCAGGAAAGGAAUCUGAGAGCCACACAGUCUAACUUGGCUCUAGCUGUGUGUUUAUCUGUUUUCAUCACAUUUCUGAUAGCCUUUAUCCUAGGAGUCCUAUCGAGACCUUGUAUUGAUGUGCUUUGGAGAAGGGUCUUCAAGAAGAAAACAUCUUUAGCAACCAACUCUGUCUCAUCUGUAGAACAAAGGCAAUAUGACAAUGAGGCCUACUCCAAUGGUGAGGAACAAGAACAAAUGCAGACUCACAGGGAAAGGAGAGUCACAUUUAGCAGUUUAGAUCUAAGAGAAGAAGGCAAUGUACAAUAUUAUGAUACCGUAGCCGGUGAAAAUCAGGAAAGGAAAAAUGAUGAUGCAGUGAUUGAAUGUGAGGCAGCUGUGGCUGAGAAGGAGGCAGCUGAAGAUGCAGUAAGUGAAAACAGUUUCCAGCUGAGGAGUUCAGAGGAUAACCAGAGAGGUGAUAGAGACCUCACUGUUGAAGGCCACAUGCACAACAUGGAGUUUGAAGGCAUCCCAGACCCUGUUGAGCUGAAGAAAAGGAGAAGCUUGUCAUCUGGCUCAGAUUCUUCACUAUCUGACAAAGAAUUAAAUGAGGUUAAAAUUAUCCAGGGAAACCACUCAACACCAAAGUCUUCUCAGCUGUCCGAGGACUCUGUUCAGCAGAGGGAUGAUUUCUCGGCAGGGAAAAACGUAGGAGGGCCACAAAUUUCCAUAGAAAGUGAAACUCCUGGAAUUUCGUCAGAGCCCUUUGCAGAUUGGUCACCUCAUACAAAUUACACAAACCCCCCUGAACUAUCGCAAGAGAAUGAAGAGCUAUUUGAAUUCAGUGAUUCUGCUCGAAGCACAUCUGCAAGGUCCAGCAGUGUAUGCGUUUCUUUUAAUGAUUCUAAACGUAUAGCUGUACCCACUUCUGAUGAGCAAAAGAGAAAUGAUAUAUCCAGCUCCAGCUCAAAUGUAAGUGAAGAUGAGCCUACACAUUACACUGUAAACUCAGACGAGGAGGAGAAAAUAGAAAGGAUCCUUAAUAAACCUGAGGUCACCAAUGCUUGCCUUAAACAAAAUGCUGGUUUCGACGAAGCAGACCCUAACAGGCCUUCAAUCAAAUUAAAUCAGGGUAACAACAGAUUUGACGCAACAAAGCCUACAUUGAGAUCUCAGGGCUCCUUUUCCUCUCAUUCCAGUGACAGUGAUGGGAAGGACUACAAAGUCAAAAAAGGGUGUGUACCUAGUUUGACUGUUACCAGCCACGGCAAGAGUCUAGAUACUGGUGCACCUUUAACACCUGAAGCUUAUUCAUCUUCAAGCAGUGGGAGUGAAGCAGAAACCACAAACCAGCAGAAGCAAAGGGUGACACAUGUGACAAGGCCUAAAAUAAAAGAAUCUCAAACCAUAAGUCAUGAUUCAGACCUAAGAUGGCCUGCCCUAGCUCUUGAGCAUAAUGCACAGGUCAAAGCACAAUCACUGGCUUCUGAUUCAUCUUCUCGUAGUGACAGUGAGGAGGAUCCUAUAAUCCUUAAACAAGAGCAAAAAGAAACUUACUUGGCAAGUCUUCCAGUUAAGGUAUCUCAAAACGCAAGCCAUGACCCACAACAACAGUGGCCGGCCCUUGAUCUCAAGCAUGCUGCAAGCAUCAAGAGCCGUCUAGAUAUCAAAGCCCCCGCCCCUCGUUCUGAUACAUCUUCUAGUAGUGACACUGACGAUGAAACAACACAUCACACAAAGAGGCCAGGGAAGGUGGACAUUACAGGAUCUGGAUUUCAAAAAUCUCAAACUGUAAGUCAUGAUCCAGACAAAAGGUGGCCUGCCUUUGAGCUUCAGCAUAAAACACGUAUUCAGAAACAUCUUGAUGUCAAAGCACCAUCAACACUCCCUUAUUCAUCUUCUAGUAGUGACAGUGAGGAUGAAACAACCAUUAAUUUAAAGAAAGAAGAGCAAGGGCAUAUAAUCAUGGCAAGGCCUCCAAGUAAAGUGUCUCAAACUGCAAGCCAUGACCCGCAACCACAGGGGCCUGCCCUGGAUCUCAAGCAAACUACAAGCAUCAAGAGGCGUCCGGAUAUCAAAGCAACCUCCCCAUCUUCUGAUUCAUCUUCUAGUAGUGACAGUGAGGAUGAAACAACAGUCCACAGGGAGAGGCCAGGGAAGGUGAACAUUACAGGACCCAAAUUGCAAGCAUCUCAAACACAAAGUCAUGAUCCAGACAAAAUGUUCCCUGCAAUUGAUCUUAAACAUGCUAUGCGGGUUAAGAGGCGUCUAGAUAUCAAAGGACCGUCACAAACUCAAAGUUUUUCUUCCAGUAGUGACAGUGAGGAUAAAACAACAAUCCACCUAAAGAAACAACAACAAGAGCAUAUAAUCAUGGCAAGGCCUCCAAGUAAAGUGUCUCAAACUGCAAGCGAUGACCCGCAACCACAGUGGCCUGCCCUGGAUCUCAAGCAAACUACAAGCAUCAAGAGGCGUCCGGAUAUCAAAGCCCCCAACCCAGCUUCUGAUUCAUCUUCUAGUAGUGACAGUGACGAUGAAACAACAAUCCGCAUAAAGAAACAGGGGCAAGGGCAUAUAAACAUGGCAAGGCCUCCAAGUAAAGUGUCUCAAACUGCAAGCCAUGACCCGCAACCACAGUGGCCUGCCCUGGAUCUCCAGCAAACUACAAGCAUCAAGAGGCGUCUUGAUAUCAAAGCAACCUCCCCAUCUUCUGAUUCAUCUUCUAGUAGUGACAGUGACGAUGAAACAACAGUCCACAGGGAGAGGCCAGGGAAGGUGAACAUUACAGGACCCAAAUUUCAAGUAUCUCAAACACAAAGUCAUGAUCCAGACAAAAUGUUCCCUGCAAUUGAUCUUAAACAUGCUAUGCGUGUUAAGAGGCGUCUAGAUAUCAAAGGACCGUCACAAACUCAAAGUUUUUCUUCCAGUAGUGACAGUGAUGAUAAAACAACAAUCCACCUAAAGAAACAACAACAAGAGCAUAUAAUCAUGGCAAGGCCUCCAAGUAAAGUGUCUCAAACUGCAAGCCAUGACCCGCCACCACAGUGGCCUGCCCUCGAUCUCAAGCAAACUACAAGCAUCAAGAGGCAUCUUGAUAUCAAAGCCCCAAACCCGGCUUCUGAUUCAUCUUCCAGUAGUGACAGUGACGAUGAAACAACAAUCCAUAUAAAGAAACAGGGGCAAGGGCAUAUAAACAUGGCAAGGCCUCAAAGUAAAGUGUCUCAAACUUUAAGUUGUGACCCACAAACACAGUGGCCUGCCCUCGAUCUCAAGCAAACUACAAGCAUCAAGAGGCGUUUGGAUAUCAAAGCACCCAAUGUAGCUUCUGAUUCAUCUUCUAGUAGUGACAGUGAGGAUGAAACAACAGUCCACACAAAGAAGCCAGAGAAGGUGGACAUUACAGGACCCAAAUUUCAAGUAUCUCAGACACAAAGUCAUGAUCCAGACAAAAUGUUCCCUGCAAUUGAUCUUAAACAUGCUAUGGGUGUUAAGAGGCGUCUAGAUAUCAAAGCACCAUCACCACCUCAAAGUUUGUCUUCCAGUAGUGACAGUGAGGAUAAAACAACAAUCCACCUAAAGAAAGAAGAGCAAGGGCAUAUAAACAUGGCAAGGCCUCCAAGUAAAGUGUCUCAAACUGCAAGCUAUGACCCGCAACCACAGUGGCCUGCCCUCAAUCUCCAGCAAACUACAAGCAUCAAGAGGCGUUUGGAUAUCAAAGCAUCCUCCCCAGCUUCUGAUUCAUCUUCUAGUAGUGACAGUGAGGAUGAAACAACAAUCCAUAUAAAGAAACAAGAAAAAGAGCAUAUAAUCAUGGCAAGGCCUCCAAGUAAAGUAUCUCAAACUGCAAGCCAUGACCCGCAACCACAGUGGCCUACCCUCGAUCUCAAAAAAACUACAAGCAUCAAGAGGCGUCUUGAUAUCAAAGCCCCCAACCCGGCUUUUGAUUCAUCUUCCAGUAGUGACAGUGACGAUGAAACAACAGUCCACAGGGAGAGGCCAGAGAAGGUGAACAUUACAGGACCCAAAUUUCAAGUAUCUCAAACACAAAGUCAUGAUCCAGACAAAAUGUUCCCUGCAAUUGAUCUUAAACAUGCUAUGCGUGUUAAGAGGCGUCUUGAUAUCAAAGGACCGUCACAAACUCAAAGUUUUUCUUCCAGUAGUGACAGUGAGGAUAAAACAACAAUACACCUAAAGAAACAACAACAAGAGCAUAUAAUCUUGGCAAGGCCUCCAAGUAAAGUGUCUCAAACUGCAAGCCAUGACCCGCCACCACAGUGGCCUGCCCUCGAUCUCAAGCAAACUACAAGCAUCAAGAGGCGUCUUGAUAUCAAAGCCCCAAACCCGGCUUCUGAUUCAUCUUCCAGUAGUGACAGUGACGAUGCAACAACAAUCCAUAUAAAGAAACAGGGGCAAGGGCAUAUAAACAUGGCAAGGCCUCAAAGUAAAGUGUCUCAAACUUUAAGUUGUGACCCACAAACACAGUGGCCUGCCCUCGAUCUCAAGCAAACUACAAGCAUCAAGAGGCGUUUGGAUAUCAAAGUAUCCUCCCCAGCUUCUGAUUCAUCUUCUAGUAGUGACAGUGAGGAUAAAACAACAGUCCACAGGGAGAGGCCAGAGAAGGUGGACAUUACAGGACCCAAAUUUCAAUUAUCUCAGACACAAAGUCAUGAUCCAGACAAAAUGUUCCCUGCAAUUGAUCUUAAACAUGCUAUGCGUGUUAAGAGGCGUCUAGAUAUCAAAGCACCAUCACCACCUCAAAGUUUGUCUUCCAGUAGUGACAGUGAGGAUAAAACAACAAUCCACCUAAAGAAAGAAGAGCAAGGGCAUAUAAACAUGGCAAGGCCUCCAAGUAAAGUGUCUCAAACUGCAAGCUAUGACCCGCAACCACAGUGGCCUGCCCUCAAUCUCCAGCAAACUACAAGCAUCAAGAGGCGUUUGGAUAUCAAAGUAUCCUCCCCAGCUUCUGAUUCAUCUUCUAGUAGUGACAGUGAGGAUGAAACAACAGUCCACAGGGAGAGGCCAGAGAAGGUGGACAUUACAGGACCCAAAUUUCAAUUAUCUCAGACACAAAGUCAUGAUCCAGACAAAAUGUUCCCUGCAAUUGAUCUUAAACAUGCUAUGCGUGUUAAGAGGCGUCUAGAUAUCAAAGCACCAUCACCACCUCAAAGUUUGUCUUCCAGUAGUGACAGUGAGGAUAAAACAACAAUCCACCUAAAGAAACAACAACAAAAGCAUAUAAUCAUGGCAAGGCCUCCAAGUAAAGUGUCUCAAACUGCAAGCCAUGACCCGCAACCACAGUGGCCUGUACUCGAUCUCAAGCAAACUACAAGCAUCAAGAGGCGUCUUGAUAUCAAAGCCCCCAACCCGGCUUCUGAUUCAUCUUCCAGUAGUGACAGUGACGAUGCAACAACAAUCCAUAUAAAGAAACAGGGGCAAGGGCAUAUAAACAUUGCAAGGCCACAAAGUAAAGUGUCUCAAACUGUAAGUCGUGACCCACAAACACAGUGGCCUGCCCUCGAUCUCAAGCAAACUACAAGCAUCAAGAGGCGUUUGGAUAUCAAAGCCCCCAACCCGGCUUCUGAUUCAUCUUCUAAGAGUGACAGUGAUGAUGAAACAACAGUCCACACAAAGAAGCCAGAGAAGGUGGACAUUACAGGACCCAAAUUUCAAGUAUCUCAGACACAAAGUCAGGAUCCAGACAAAAUGUUCCCUGCAAUUGAUCUUAAACAUGCGUUGCGUGUUAAGAGGCGUCUAGAUAUCAAAGGGCCGUCGCCAACUCAAAGUUUAUCUUCCAGUAGUGACUGUGAGGAUAAAACAACAAUCCACCUAAAGAAACAAGAAAAAGAGCAUAUAAUCAUGGCAAGGCCUCCAAGUAAAGUGUCUCAAACUGCAAGCCAUGACCCGCAACCACAGUGGCCAGUCCUCGAUCUCAAGCAAACUACAAGCAUCAAGAGGCGUCUUGAUAUCAAAGCCCCCAAGCCGGCUUCUGAUUCAUCUUCCAGUAGUGACAGUGACAAUGAAACAACAAUCCAUAUAAAGAAACAGGGGCAAGAGCAUAUAAACAUGGCAAGGCCUCCAAGUAAAGUGUCUCAAACUGCAAGCCAUGACCCACAACCACAGUGGCCUGCCCUCGAUCUCAAGCAAACUACAAGCAUCAAGAGGCGUUUGGAUAUCAAAGCACCCAAUGUAGCUUCUGAUUCAUCUUCUAGUAGUGACAGUGAGGAUGAAACAACAGUCCACACAAAGAAGCCAGAGAAGGUGGACAUUACAGGACCCAAAUUUCAAUUAUCUCAGACACAAAGUCAUGAUCCAGACAAAAUGUUCCCUGCAAUUGAUCUUAAACAUGCUAUGCGUGUUAAGAGGCGUCUAGAUAUCAAAGCACCAUCACCACCUCAAAGUUUGUCUUCCAGUAGUGACAGUGACAAUAAAACAACAAUCCAUAUAAAGAAACAGGGGCAAGAGCAUAUAAACAUGGCAAGGCCUCCAAGUAAAGUGUCUCAAACUGCAAGCCAUGACCCACAACCACAGUGGCCUGCCCUCGAUCUCAAGCAAACUACAAGCAUCAAGAGGCGUUUGGAUAUCAAAGCCCCCAACCCGGCUUCUGAUUCAUCUUCUAAGAGUGACAGUGACGAUGAAACAACAGUCCACACAAAUAAGUCAGAGAAGGUGGACAUUAAAGGACCCACAUUUCAAGGUUAUAAAACACAAAGUCAUGAUCCAGACAAAACGUGGCCUGCCCUUGAUCUUGACCAUACUAUGCGCAUCAAGAGGCGUCUAGAUAUCAAAGCUCCAUCCCCCCCUCCUGAUUCAUUAUCAAGCCACAAAAUAGGAUUGGGAGUAUCAGCCAUAUCAAAGAUGACAGAGAAUAAAUUAAAUAUAUCGGCAAAGUCCCCAGUGAUAAACAUUUCUCGCAGUCCAAAGACUGACUACAAUAUCCAAUUGGAAAAGUAUACGGUUAUCACAGAUGACAAGAGGGACAAAACAAAAAGUGUCAACAUGAGCACAACUCCAGACAUAACCCCAGAACUUCAGUCAAGCUGGGCCGCAAUGAAUCUUGGCAGGUCCCGCUUCAGAAAGCGUCUAGAAAUCUCAUCAAAUACGCAUGAACCACCAAAUCUUUCCUCAUCACCUCCACCUGACUCCCCCUCCUCUUCCAGUGAAAGUGGGACUGGGAGUAAAAGCAGCAGAACAAGACAACAGAGAAGGGCAGCCGGAGUAUCCCAGGAUCAGACAUCUCUGUAUGUGGCCAAUGCUGUCAACCUCAAACCGGUCCAGCCACAGAGCCAAACUGAGGAGGUUCAGAGGACGGCCAGGGUGGAGCUCAGCACCCAAACAUCAAACGUAGAGGAGUCUGACUCUGUGCGGCCUCAUUUGAGUUUCCCCCGUGUCAAGCGUUCUCUGGAUAUCAGAGUACCAUUCCAAACGAAAUCAUCCUCCAGCAGCAAUAGUGAGGAUGAGAUGAUAGACCACAGUGUUCCUGACCUGAGUCUUGGUGUCCCACGCAUUAAGAGGCGCAUGAAUGUGAAAGCACCAUUACCAGAGUCAUCUUCCAGCAGCGAGAAUGAAAAUAAGACGAUAGGGUCCACUGCAAACCAAAGCAGACAUUUGUCAAACAUAUCAGCCAGGACAGAAGAUGACUCUCUAAUCACCUACAAACGUGUCAUUAUGAAAGCUUCGUCUCCACCAAGUAAUUCUGUCUCCUUCAGUGACAAAGAGCAAACUGCCACAAAUGGUGUAGAAAUGAAAAGGAUUGAGCAAAACAAACUCAUCACACCUGUGGACCUGCCACCAGUAUUGAGGUGGACUGGUGUUGGUCGUCAGCUGCCUGAUCUGACCAUCCCCAGUCCAAUGAGACAUCUAUACUAUGGCUCAUCAUCUCCACAGCAGGUUCCACCUGCAGGGUCAGAACUUCCCCCACCUGACUCCUCUGGUAGUGAAAGUGAUGAUGAGGUAAAACAAGGGAAAGGGAAAGCAGAUGUGACAUGGAUGAAUAAACACUCAUCUCUUAGUGCCAAAAGUGUUUCGCUCUCAUCCAGCAGAGCUCUGGACAAGAUUGACAACCCACCAAGCAGCAGAAAUGAGAUUAUGAAGGCUGCACCUGAAGACAAAAAUGAAAGGAAAGGCCUCAGUGCCCUAAAAGUCAUGUCAUCAGAGAGACGACAUUGGGACACAUUAGAUGUAAAUGUAGAUAGGAAAGCAUCUCUACAGCCACUAACUCAAUCACAAAUUACUUCUACUUCAGUUGAGAGCAGAGUUAUAGAUUUGUUGUAUGGUAUUCCCCACUACAGGAGGCAUGACAUUGGAGGUGUUAAACGAUCGCAGGGCGCUCCACCUCCUAUUCCUGCAACUCCACCACCUACAUGAGGCAGCAAGGCUAAGGUCAAGGUCUCCACAGAGCAGUAAGCAACAAGGGAAGGGAAGAUCUUAUUUUCAACAGAGCAGAAACACAGAUACAUUUGACAGCUCUUUACCUAACUCACAAAACCUGGAAGUCAAUGAUUUCUCAAAUGUGAACAUGCUGUAAGUGAAGUUUGAUUUUAACAGUUUAACUGCAACCUAAACUCUGACAAAAGUAAAAAUAAUUGGCAGUUCAAAUUCUUGACUGGCCAGUAAAUGACAAAUACUUUGUAUUAUACUCUAUAUAUAAUUUAACUAUUAGGCUUGAGACUAAAUGGAAAUUAUUUAUUGUAUGACAGCUAUAGAUGGCACCAUGCAUAUCUUUCAGAAUUGCCUUAUUUCUUUAAUUUGCUUUUUUAUUUUAUUAUAAAAGUUGUCUGUAAUUAAGAAUCCAUAUCAUCUUAAUGGUCAUGUAUUAUUGAUAAACAUUAUAAUCCAUUUACAAGGCAAUUUCACUGAACAAUCCUGAGCUUCCAUAUGUAUGUAUAAGUAAAUCUAAACAGUGAUGAAUAUAAUAAACACAAUAUUAACUUAAGAACCAAAAUAUAACCCAGUAAGUUAAUAAACCCUUUUAUUUAUGUAUAUAGACAUAGGUUAUAGUGAAAACAGACAUAUAGACACUUACAUAGUUUACAUACAUAUAUACAGUUGGGACAAGGGCGUUCAACCUCCUGCAUUGUCAUUGGAGUACUGAAACAUCGAUCUCUACACAGUAUUUGGUAAGCAAUCCAACCUCUACCUCAAUCUUCGAUCUGAUGCUGAUGGUUGAUGCAAUGUAAUGACAAAAAAGGAUUUUAAAGUGUCAGCUGAAGUACUUCAAUGACAAGAGCUGAUGUUUUUUUUUAUCUUAACACAGUUCCACGUGUUUUAAGUGUAUCAUGUGUAAAUAAAAAUAAAUCCUAUAUACUGUC